GGCGCGCGGAACACAACAGCGGCGCUGCUGUUGUUUGACGCUGCCACAGCAUGUUUUUAUGAAAAAUGCCACGCUAUGUUUCUUAUUUAGCCCAAUGGUUGCACGGUUUGUGUGUGAUUUUCAAAACUGUCGCGUGAAUGUGUUUACAAUGUCUGAAGAAGUGGCGUAAGCUAACCUCACCCUAGACUAGCUAUUUAGCUUCGAUUAAGUUUCCCAAACAAAAGUUGGGAAGACCCACAAUAAUUCCUGUGGCAGUAUUUGGACCUGUACAACAGUGUAGUAAUGGAAGACUGCACUGAGCCAGCUCGCGCCAUCAAGGCCAUUGACAAACACUCAGUCCAUCAGAUUUGCUCCGGGCAGGUUGUGUUGACUUUAGCAACAGCUGUCAAGGAACUGGUGGAGAACAGCAUCGAUGCAGGUUCCACCAAUGUUGAGGUCAAGCUGAAGGAAAAUGGAGCAGAGUUGGUGGAGGUGUCAGACAAUGGCAGUGGAGUCGAAGAGGACAAUUUUGAAGGGCUAACCUUGAAGCACCAUACAUCCAAACUGCGUGACUUCUCUGACCUAAUCCAUGUGGAGACAUUUGGCUUCCGCGGGGAGGCAUUGAGCUCGCUCUGUGCCCUCAGUGACCUGAGUGUGGUGACGUGCCACAAGACCGCGCAGGUGGGCACGCGUCUGGUGUUCGAUAACGGCGGUCGUCUGACGCUGCGGUCGCCCCACCCCCGCCAGCAGGGCACCACCAUCAGCCUGCAGCAGCUCUUCUACACGCUGCCCGUACGCCACCGCGAGUUCCAGCGCAACAUCAAGAAGGAGUAUGCGAAGAUGAUGCACGUGCUGCAGUCCUACUGCGUCAUCUCCACGGGCGUGCGCAUCACCUGCACCAACCAGGUGGGCCAGGGCAAACGCAACACCGUCAUCUGCACCAGCGGCAGCAACAGCAUGAGGGACAACAUCGGAGCCGUGUUUGGACCUAAACAGCUCCAGAGCCUGCUCCCGUUCCAGCAGCACAGUCCUACUGAUGCCGUGAAGGAGGACUACGGACUCAACGGAUCAGAGCCCCCCACAGAUCUAUUUACCAUCACCGGUUUUAUAUCCAAAGGUGACCAUGGAUUGGGAAGAAGCUCAACAGACCGGCAGUUUUUCUUCAUCAACAAAAGACCUUGUGAUCCCCCAAAGGUGUCCAAGGUGGUGAAUGAAGUUUACCACAUGUACAACAGGCACCAAUAUCCAUUUGUUGCCCUCAACAUCACUGUGGCUUCAGAAUGUGUGGAUGUGAAUGUCACCCCAGACAAGCGUCAGAUCUUCCUUCAGGAGGAGAAGCUUCUGCUGGCUACCCUGAAGAGUUCGCUGAUCGCCAUGUUUGAAACUGGCGUCAACAAGAUCAGCCUCACCAACCACCCAGCACCCAGCGUAAGUCGACUGGUUCAGCCAUUCUAUACUGCUGAAAGCCGGGACACCGCUGCCUCAGAGGAAGUUAGUGGAGAUGCUCCUCCUGCUUUCUCCAUCCCAAAGCAGUCACCCUCCAUCAACCUAGCAGGCCUAAAAGCAGCCUUCUCUAGCCAGCACUCUCCAAGCACUACAGCAAGGAACGGUAACGUCAAAGACUCCCCCACCGGGCCAACUCAAAAGACCAUGCAGUCAUUUUUCGGCUGCUCGGAAAGGACCACCUCCUUCAAAUCGUGCAAGACUUCCCCUCUGAAAUACUGUCCAAAGGACUCAUUCAAAUCCUCCUCUUCCUCUGAGAGACGAUCUGUGCUGGAUGUCUUCAGGUACGAUAAACACUCGGAGAGCGAAGCCGAUUCUGGCAUGUCGGACCACUGCUCCACCACGGGUACACCAGACAGCUUGUGUUCCACCAAAUCAGAACUGGACUCACCCGACCUAAGCCGCGUUAAGAGGGAGGAAAGGGAGGACGGCAUUGCGACAGCGGACCGCACUGCAGAAGACGUGACACAGGAGCCACGUCAGGCGGAUGCUUCAGAGUCUUCCAGCCCAGAGGCAAAGAAAGCCAGGCGAGAUGAUGAGGGCCUGUCCAAUGAAAACCACCCAGUCUCAGAAGGUCCUGUUUGUGUUGCAUCUUCAUCAUCCUCCUUCAUCACCUCUACUGGUAGUCAGCUGGAUGCUGCGACUAGUGUUCAGAAGAGAGCAGUGGCGCUGCCGUUCAGCAUGAAGGACCUGUCGGGCAGAGUGCAGAGGCUUCAGGAACAGCGGAAGGCGAGAGGAGACCGAGGGCUGAUGUACCGGCGCUUCAGGGCCAAGAUCAGCCCAGGGGAGAACCAGUCAGCUGAAGACGAACUCAAGAAAGAGAUCAACAAGGAUAUGUUCAAGAAGAUGGAGAUUCUUGGGCAGUUUAAUCUGGGCUUCAUCAUCACCAAACUGAACUCUGACAUCUUCAUCGUAGACCAGCAUGCCACCGAUGAGAAGUACAACUUCGAAAUGCUGCAGCAACACAACGUGCUACAAGGACAGAAGCUGAUUGUGCCACAGAAUCUUCAACUAACUGCUGUUAGUGAAACGGUGCUUAUAGAUAACCUCGAAAUCUUCCGGAAAAAUGGCUUUGAGUUCCAGAUAGAUGAGGAUGCACAAGUGAUGCAGAGGGUGAAGCUGGUGUCUCUGCCCACCAGUAAGAACUGGACGUUCGGGCCGAGUGACAUCGAGGAGCUGAUCUUCAUGCUGAGCGACAGCCCCGGGGUGAUGUGCCGGCCCUCACGUGUCAGGCAGAUGUUCGCCUCUAGGGCCUGCCGCAAGUCGGUGAUGAUUGGUACAGCCUUGAAUGUCCAUGAGAUGAGGAAGCUCGUGUCUCACAUGGGGGAAAUUGAACAGCCAUGGAAUUGUCCACAUGGCCGGCCCACCAUGAGGCACCUGGCAAACCUGGACCUAAUUUCUCAGAAUUGAAACUGUCAAAAACCCACAUUGUUGUCCUGUCUGAGUAUAUUUAUACUUUGACAGAAAUGCUUUUUUUGUGCAUAUGUCAGUAUGUCUAAAUGUUUUGUUUUUGUUGAUGUGCUUUUAACAGAAAGCUUCAAGUGACUUCUUAUUUACAUUCUGACCAGUGUGAAUGCUUGGAAUGGAUAACAUCUUUGCCAAAUAUUUGUCAGACUAAGUUUAUGUACAUAUGGUAAAUAGUGUCUUUUAUCAAUAUUUUGUAUGUAGUUUUAUGCUUUCAAUCAAUAAAGUAAUUCAAAAUCUG